AUGGAGUGUAAUCGAAAUUGUGGUUUGCUGACGGGAACAAUCAUUGGGGCAGUGUUGGCCAUCAUCGGGGGAAUUUUAAUCCCAGUUGGAAAUAACCUCAUGGAGGACUUAAUAAAAACGGAAGUUGUCAUUGAAUAUGAUACAACUGCCUUUGGGAAUUGGAUCUUACCAGCGAGUCCUACCUACAGACAGAUUUGGUUCUUUGAUGUACAGAAUCCAGAGGAGGUGAUGAAGAAUGGGUCUGCUCCAAUCCUUAAGGAGAAAGGUCCUUACACUUACAAGACGCGAUAUAUGCCCAAAGUAAACAUUACGGGACACAAUGAUGCCACCCUGUCUUACUUCCUGGAAAAUAUCUUUAUUUUUCAACCUAAUAUGUCCAGCGGGUUGGAAAGUGACAACAUCACCACUGUCAACCUGGCUGUUGUGACUGCACCUGUUUUGUAUCCGAAUGAGGCUCCAUCCCUGAAUAUAUUAAUACAACUAUCAAAAUCAAAACUUCUUCAAACUAGAACAGUGAAAGAAAUACUUUGGGGCUAUGAAGAUCCUUUCCUGAAAUUAAUUCCAUUACCAAACAUUGAUAACAUCGUUGGGGUAUUCUAUCCUUUGAACAAAACAUUUGAUGGCCCUUACCAAAUUUACAACGGGAAAGAUGAUAUAAACAAAGUGGGAAUUAUACAGAGUUAUAAAAACAACAGGACCGUUGACUACUGGGAAAGUUAUUGUGGUAUGGUGAAUGGCACCGAUGGAGCAUCGUUCCACCCUUUUAUCAGCAAGAGUGAAGAGCUGUAUUUCUUUUCCUCGGAUAUUUGCAGGUCAAUGUUUGUAACAUUUGAGAGCGAGAAGACAGUGAAAGAAAUUCUAGUUUAUCGCUUUGCUGUCCCUCUGACCAUUUUUUCAUCACCCACUACCAAUCCUGACAAUAUUUGCUUCUGCACUGACAUGGAAUUGAGUCGGAACUGCACAUUAAGUGGAAUUCUGGAUCUCAGCACCUGCAAAGAAGGUAAACCAGUCUAUAUCACGUUGCCCCAUUUCCUGCAUGCGAGUGAAGAACUUUUUCACGAUGUUGAGGGAUUGAAGCCAGUUGAGGAAGAACACAACAUCUUUCUGGAUGUAGAACCAGUAAGUGACUCCAAAUUAAAUUCGUAUCCAGGCCUUCUCUGCCAUAGAAUUUGA